AUGUCCGACCGCAGUGGCGGAGCGCGCCGCAGCGACCCCAAGCACAAGACGUACGACCGCGCCCGAAGCGCGCCGGUCCCCGGGCGGAAGCCGUCAUCGUAUGGCCGACAGGCGCACCCACAGAAUGCGCCAGCCCACGCGCGCAAGAAGCCGGCGCGUGAGCGUAAGGUGCCACGGACGCCGUUAGCCCAAGGGUGGAAGCCACCGUCUCGAGCUCACACGCCGCCGGGCCAUGCACACGUAGCCAAGCCAAAGCGUGACAAGUAUGGCGACAUUGAGCCUGCGCCACCAACGCCGGCCGAACAAAAGCUCAUGGACCGUAUCCUGUACGAUCGGAACGACUGGAAGCAGGCGUACCUCGCGGCGUACAUGGCGCGCAACUUCCUCAAUGGCGCGAGCUCCCUUGGCGACCCGUCUCCAAGCGCCAUGGCGACCAAGCUCGAGGACUGGCUUGGCCUCUACCUCACGCGCACGUUUCCACUUGUCCGCGCCAUGUCCAAGCUCCUGAAAGAAUCGACGCGGGCGGCGGACUAUGACCGUCACAUCCACCUCGUGUUUACGAUGGCUGCCAAGAUCGCAGCUGCCUACGUCGACGAGGUCGGCGACGCCCGAGGACUCUCGGAAGAAACGCUCCGAGUGCCCCGGCUACUGGCCAACUGCGCGCUCAAGGAGCUCGCGGACUCGCACUGCUUGAAGCACCGCCUUCCCGGCGGCAUCAACACGAUGCGCCACACGAUCCUCGGGCGAAAAGCGCUUGAUGUGGACAUGGCGACCGAGCGCGGCCGCCUGUCGCUCUACGCAGCGUGCCUCGGCGAAGGCGCGCUGGACGCGGCGACGCGCGAAAGCUUUGGCCCGCUGAUUGCAACGGCGCUCUCGCAGCGCGCGGCCGGCGUCCGUGUCGUCGCAUCCUUCACCUCGUACAUGCACGUUGCCCAGGACAUGCCUCGGGACGGGCGGUUCGUGGCACUGACCGUCUGCCGGCACAAGCCGCCCGUGGACGGCGCCAAGGACAUCGAAGUCGAAUUCGAAGAGUCGCUCGCGGGGCUCUUCCACGAAGGCACGCUUGUCUCGUUUGAGUUUCACGGCCUCUCGUCGGGGCAAUGGUACGCCGUGAGCCCUGGCCGCAUCUACCCGAGCUUCUACUGUCCAUGCCGGCGCGUCUCGAGCGGCCUACGACGGUCAUCGCCGCGCCGACGGAAGGCACCUCGCGAACUGUCGCGUGUCGUCGCAUCGGUCGGUGCGGCCUUCUCGAGCGACGACGAGAACGAAGAGACGAAGGCACCACCACCGGCCGCCGCGCCCAAGGGCAUUUUAGAUAUUGCGCGCAAGAUCCAGUCGCCGGCGAGCCUGUUGCUGCUACAAGAUGUAUGCAAUGACCGACCGCCAGCACGGAGUGCGGUCAUGGACCUGCUGGCUGACGCGAUCCCGUCGACGCUCGUGUCAGCCGACGUGCCGCGCAAGCGAUCUCGGUCGCAUGGGAGCUCGAUGGCGCAGCGCGUGCUAAAGAUGUCGCGCGUCGAAGUCCUGGACGACUACGGCAGCGACUCGGAGCCGAGUUCGACCAUCGACGUCGGUCGUUCCGGGCACAUGUCACCGGCCUCCAACGAUGAGGCCGAGUGGCGCCAAGCAGCCCCGCUCUCACCGGCGAGUUCGAUCAUGUCAACGUCGUCCAGCCGCAUCGACGAGCACUAUGACGACGGCAUUGGGUGGAACAUGGAUCUGGCAAGCGACGACGAUGCACCGUCGCUCGGCCCAAUGCUCGGUAGCGAUUAUGGCACGACAGAACGUGCCUUCGUGCAUCCGUUAGAAGACGGUGUUUCGACGAACGUCGCUGGCAACGACUGUGGUCGUGAGCGCACCGAUGACACCCAAGUGGACCUGCCUCGCGACCCUUUGACGACCAAUGUGACCAGCCUCGUGGUGGGCCAAAACGAAGACGACGACGAGGCGCUGCGAAGCGCGGCACUCACGACGUCGGGUCUGGAGAAAGUGCUCGCCGAAGGCGCAGCGAGGACCGCCGUCGUUGUGGACGCUCACGACGGGAUGCGUGCACCGCCUCACCAAGACGACAUCCACCGCGCACCCGAGCCACUCGACGACGAAGAAGCCGUGUCACAAACGUCUGCGUCCGUAGAUGCCAAGAUGCCCAGCACCACCAUGGGUGUCGAUCAUCAUCCCAUGUCGAGCCCGACAAGGGCGGCUAACGAUGCAUCCGAGGGUCUACCUGACGUUCAAGAGUCUGCUUCAACCGACAUCAUCGCGCCUGUGGAGGUCGACAAGGCACCCAUUGAGGCAGCGACCAUCGACGACGGUACCGGCACGCCUGAUGUGGCCGCCGCCAACGCUCUAUGUGUGCCCGGCUCGAACAACAAAGUCGUGACGUGUGCUGACGAGCCUACGCCAACCCCAGUGGUGCCCGUGAUCUCUGACGCAGUCGACCCGGAGCGUGCGGCAGCGCUCACACAAGACGUCAACGCCGCCGUUGCCCAAGCGACGUUAGUCCACGACCCAAUCACCGCCGACGGCAUUUCUCGACGCGACGCAGCGACGCCGCUCUUGGGUGACGCCGACGUUCUCGUGCCCGAGAAAAACUCCAAGCACAACUCCGUCCCCGUCGUUGACUUGGACACGUGUGACGGUGGUCACCAUCGCCAAGCGGCUGACGUCACGAGCGCAGUGAGCGAAGACGAUGCGAGCGAGACAGAAGAGAUUUUUGUCGAGGUCUUUGAGGUCGAGGACAGCGAUGACGACAUGGUCGUGGAUGAAAACGAUGCGACGGCCAACGCGCGUGGGGACGAAGAAGACGACGUCAACGACGAGUUUGUCGAAGUCUUUGAAAUUCUCGAUGACGACGAUGACGACGACGACGAGCUGCUUCAAGACGCCUCCAACAACGGGCACGACGUCAACACUGAAAGCGCGUCGCAGCUGCUCGCUGUCACUCACGAUGCCAGUGUUGAUGCGCUCCCAAGCGCUGCGACGGGCGGCGGCACGCCCGCCGACGUAGUCCAAGGCGAUGACGCGCUCGACGUCGGCGACGUGGACGGUGAUGACGCGCUCGACGUCAGCGAUGUGGGCGGUGAUGACGGAAAGCUCGCGGCGCCACUCAACGCUGUUGAAGACAGCGUUGCAUCGGUCGAGGUAGCACCGUACCACCACACGAUCGAGAUCGACGACUCGGAUGACGACGACAACGAACCAGCGCACGCCGCACGCGCCACGCCGCAACCCAAUCCGCAUCAAGUCGACGCGCACGACGAGCAAGAUGAUGAUGCAUCGGUCGUCAUCGAGGCGUCGAGCAACAUGGCGGCGCCUGUUCCAAUCCAAAUCGCCGAUGGAGCACCAUCAUCAUUGUUGCACCGAGUCGACGAAGCCCGCGAUGAACAACCGCUCGAUCUGGUCGAAGACAUUGAUGACGCAGCCGUGUCAAGUCACAACGACCGUCAUGACCAAGUGAGCGCGGAGGCAAUCGACGUUCUGGUCACGCCGGCAAACGAUGCACCGCGACCAACAGAGACGUCACCAAGUCCACCGGGCGUCGAACUGCCUCUCGACGCAAGCUUGCCCGGAGGUAACUCAUUUCUCACGCCGCCGAGUCGAGACAUUGUUGGCCCACCUCCGCGAUCGCCUCCGCCACCACCUCUUCCGUUCCUCCCACCACCCGGCAUUGAUGUCGGUGCAACGUACGCCGCGUCGAGCGACGAUUACAAUAGCAUUUCGUCGUCGUCGUCGUCAUCGUCAUCGUCCGACGAAGCACCGCCGCCGCCACCCGACGAAGCACCGCCGCCGCCACCCGACGAAGCUCCGCCGCUGUCACCACCCAGAGACAUGGCGUGCGUGGUCCGGGUCAAGUUGCCAACAGCCAUUAAGCGACAAAUGAUCGUUGCACCAAAGCGCCCUCGGCCGCAGCCCAUCUACCACUCCGACAUGUUCGAGUCCAGUGCUUCGAGCCCCGACGACGCGUCCGACUACGAAGAAGGCGAUGACAGUGGUCCUCGUCCCAAAAACGCCCACGGCUCGGCCAGCAUUCCGCCGUCGACCGUGUCGUCGUCCGAUUCGAGUAGCGAUGCGAGCUCCGAGGACGAUGAGGGAUCUGACGAGGAUGAGCUGUAA